UACAAAUAAAGAUUAAAAUUUUGUUUAUAUACAUUCAAUUAAUUAUUAAUGAAGUAUAUUCAUUUAUCAUUAUUAAUUUAUUAGCCUUAUUUAUGAUUUAAAAUGUUUCCAUGCCAUAUGUCUCUCUUAAUCGAAUUAAUAAAUUUACGAAACUAAUACUAUUUCUUCGAGUGUACUUCUUUUUUCUUUUUUCUUUCUUUCUUUCUUGUUUUUCUUUUUCUGCUUUUGUUUUUGUUUUUGUUUUCCGUACUUAUCUAUUUAUGAAAAGUCAGCUAAGGAAAACAAGUGGUCAUUUAAAAAUAUCAGUUACUUAAGCGUUACUAACUAAAAAAAAAUAAUGCGUUGUAUGUCGUGGAAAAAAAAAAAAAAAAAAAAAAAGAAAAAGAAAAUUGUUUUCGUUGAAUUAACCUUAACUAUUAUAUAACGUUUAAAUAUCAUUUUUAUUUGAAUGUGAACAUUUGAGAGGUGAAAUAUGUUUCUAAACGUGAUUGUGUAAACUUAAUAUAACGAUCAAUUGCGCAAAUAUAUUUACGAGAGUCGAUUUCGAAUUCCUUUGAAAUAAUUUCGUGUAUUUGUACAAGGAUAAAAAAAAGAAAAAGAAAAAGAAAAAAGAAAAAAGAAGAGAGAAAAAAUGAAGAACUGUUUUACCUUGGACUAUUUCACGCAGAAAAUUUCUUGGAUGUUAAAUAGAUGACUAACUCUCUACGUGAAUGUUACGUAUAUAUACGUGGUGAUCCAAUUUAAAUGGACUCCUGACGAUUUAUAUUAAUCGUUUAAUAAUGUUUAUUGUUUCUUUAAAAAAAAAAAAAAAAGGAAAAGAAAAGAAAAACGAUAUCAACAAUUGUAUUCAUUAAUUACAUCAAUGUGAUUUAGUUUAAUCGAUUGGACCAAUAAAAAGGAAAAAGAAAAAAAAAUAGAAUAAAUAAAUAAAUAAAUAAAUAAAAUAAAAUAAAGCAACGUAAGAUCAUGGCGAAAUCAACGUUGUAAAUAUAGUUACAGGCCGAUAGGUCAUUGACCUUGACGGAUCAGUUUAUACAUAUCGAUUGAUCAUUAUAUCAUUAAGAUACAAGGAUUAUAAUCUCAAAUGUAUGAAUUAUUAUAUAAAUAAGUUUAUAAAGUUUAUACAGUUAUAAAAAACGAAGAAAGGAUUAAUCGUUAUGGCAGCGAAUCGCCUGUGGAGAACAUUGUCACGUAAACGUAUUGAUGAUGAUCAAGAGGGCAAGGGCGAGUUGGCAAGAGUUCUAAAUAUAUUUGAUUUAACUGCCCUUGGAGUUGGUGCUACUCUUGGUUUAGGCGUUUAUGUUCUAGCCGGGAGUGUUGCAAAAGAAACAGCCGGACCAGCCGUUUGUAUUUCAUUUCUUAUUGCUGCUAUUGCUUCUGCUUUUGCUGGAAUGUGUUAUGCGGAAUUUGCAUCAAGAGUACCAAAAGCAGGAUCAGCUUAUGUUUAUAGUUAUGUAACAGUUGGCGAAUUUAUAGCAUUUGUUAUAGGUUGGAAUUUAAUAUUGGAAUAUGUUAUCGGUACAGCAAGCGUUGCUCGAGGUCUUAGUAAUUAUAUUGAUGCAUUAAUAGGAAAUGUUAUGGGAAAAACUUUGCAAUCUAUCAUGCCUAUAGAAAUUUCUUUCUUAUCGGAGUAUCCUGAUUUUUUUGCAUUUGGCAUGGUUAUGUUACUUGCUCUUUUGCUUAGCAUGGGAGUUAAAGAAUCUUCUUUUUUAAAUAAUGUAUUCACUGUCAUCAAUCUUCUUACAAUUCUUAUCGUUAUAGCAGCAGGUUCUAUUAAAGCCGAUCCGAAAAAUUGGUUCAUUUCGAUAGAUGAUAUUCCUAAAAAUGUAACGAAUGCUGGUACUGGUGGUUUUAUGCCAUUUGGAAUAACCGGUGUAAUGACAGGUGCAGCAAAAUGUUUCUAUGGCUUUGUGGGUUUCGAUGCUGUUGCUACAACCGGUGAAGAGGCAAAGAAACCACAACGUAAUAUACCCUUAGCCAUUGUUUUGUCUCUUAUUAUUAUUUUGGCAGCAUAUUUUAGUAUUUCUACUGUAUUGACCAUGAUGUGGCCAUAUUACGAUCAGAAUCCUGAUGCUCCAUUCCCUUAUGUUUUUCAACAAAUUGGAUGGCCAGUCAUCCAAUGGAUUGUCAAUAUUGGAGCUAUUUUUGCUUUAUGUACGAGUUUAUUAGGUGCUAUGUUUCCUUUGCCACGUAUAUUGUAUGCUAUGGCAAGUGAUGGGAUUAUAUUUAUGUGGCUUUCUAAAGUACAUUCUAAAACCAUGACACCAAUUUUGGGUACAAUACUUUCUGGACUACUUGCUGGAACUAUGGCUCUUUUUUUUAAUCUUCAUCAAUUAAUCGAUAUGAUGUCUAUUGGAACAUUAUUGGCAUAUACUGUAGUAGCAAUAUCAGUAUUAAUAUUAAGAUAUCAAAAAGAAAAUGAUAUUAUGCCUGAAGUGACAAUGAAUGGUUAUGAAUUUACAGCAAUGAAUAUAUUCAAGCAAACAUUUAAUUUAAAUAAUCAUAAGGAUCCAUCACAUAUUUCCAGUAUAGUUUCAAAAUGUAGUAUAGCUAGUUUUACCCUCGUUUUAUUUAUACUUAUUAUUAUAUCAAAUUAUGUUGAAUUUGAUAUAACAAAUGGCAAUGUAAUAGUAUUUGUAAUAAUAAUAAUACUCGCAUUUAUAUUAAUAUUAAAUCUAGCAUCUAUUGGUAGACAACCAGUUCAACAAGUCGAACUCUCUUUCAAAGUUCCAUUUCUUCCAUUGAUACCAUGCUGUAGCAUUUUUAUAAAUCUUUAUUUGAUGUUGCAAUUAGACAUGUUUACAUGGAUUAGAUUUAUCGUGUGGAUGUUAAUUGGUUUUUCUAUUUAUAUAUUUUAUGGAAUUUCUCAUAGCGUUCAGGGAAAAAAGAAUAAAAUUGAACUUAAUAUAAUGAAACAAAAAAAUGCGGAUCAAAGUGGAACCAUAACAAAAUUUUAA